CAAGUGCAGUCCGCAGAAGUAACCAUGUUAUGUUUGGUGUUGUUUACAUUUCUUUUAGGGGCGGAGAUCAGCCGGGCUAAUACGCAUGGUGGCCGCUACAUGAUUCCCGGCACCGGGGAAGUGAAUUCUGCGAUUGUGAACUUGAACCUGCACUAUAAUGAUAACAUCUGUCUCGAGAUUCUGCUCGUCGACUGUAGUAAACACGUGACCCAGGGAGAUGAGAUCGUCUGCGGUUCGAAUGGGCUCACUUAUGAUAACCAGUAGGUCUAUGUUUUAUAAAUUGGAUUAAAAUACUAUAUUUCUGUCAACGUAAAAUGUUUUUUCUCUCUAUUUGAAUUAUUAACACAUUAUAUAUAGCUGUGUUGGUUUAACUAUUUUCGAGUUUCAUUCUAAGAAAUUGUUUGUUUGAAAUGGACACAUUUUCAAUAUUGAUAGAACAAAGAAAUUUGCUUACAGUUGCCAUUUAGCGCAUGUGGUAUGUGAAUACCUUCACAGCCACCAGCCCUUGAGUUUGAAACACAGUGGCGCGUGUGUUGCCGCCUCUUCCACGGCGGUUCCUGCCGCAAUGACAAUCACUUCCGGUGUCACUAUGACCACGGGCGUAAAUAACGGAGUGACAUCAGGCGUGUCCGCUUCCUCUUCGAAGAAGACUACGGUGGAUUCGACAACAAUGAUGGAUUCGACAACAAUGAUGCAGACGACUACGACGUUGAAGAUGACGACAACGAAUCCGGUGAACUCUAUCAUUGCCAACGUGUUCUGUCAACAGAUGGACUCUAUCGACUGUUCACGGGGAUUUAAUGUCGUCUGCGCAUCGGACAGAAAUUUCUACCCGAACGAUUGCGAGUUUUCAAAAGCCAAAUGCCGCGACUCCUCCAUAACUAUGGAACCCGACGUGUCCCGAUGUUACGGGCCAUAAGAAGUAUUUCUAAGAAAUGAGUCUUUCGUCAAAAUCUUUUCUCAAUAAAC